GGCGGCGAGACAGUGCAAUUAGUCCAGUUGCCGCUCCCUCGUCUUCGCUCCCAGAGGGAAGAGAAGGGAAGGCCUAACUUGGAGUCCGGGCAAAGAGACGCCUGCUCCUGCUGCUGCCGCUGGGAAGGGGGGCGGGGGGGGGCGGCGCCCUUGGGUAUUUCCUCUUUCCUUCCUCCGCCUUGACGAAAGGGACGCGUCCAAGUUCUGUGGGGUCGGGUGGUCGCAGCCCCCCGCAGCAGAGUGAGGCCUGCUGGUGGGUUUCCUCCCGAUGUCUGCAGCUUGCUGACUGGCGGAGCAAGGAGGAUGUGCCAACAAAUCUAGGGCUGUGUGGUAUGACAGUGCACACUGCCAUUCUUUGGGAUGGGAGACUCUUCGGUAUGCCUGAUUCCCUAGCUGUGAGCCUGUAUUGUGAAUUCCCGAACUGCUUUUCUUCAUGAUGACCUGGCAUUCAUCACUUCCAGACGCCUAGAUUUUGUGUGCUGAACAAAAAGGUGCUGAGGAAUGGGCACUCCCCUAUUGUCUUUCAGGGCAUGGGAGCUUGUGUAAAGAUGCAGCUGUGAUCCUCAGCUACGUGUCUCAUUGAAGGGACCUAAUGUUUUACGUCAUUGGUGGGAUCACAGUGUCUGUGGUAGCUUUCUUUUUCACCAUUAAGUUCCUCUUUGAGCUUGCCGCACGUGUAGUCAGCUUCCUCCAGCAUGAGGAUCGGGAACGCCGAGGGGAGCGGACCAUUUAUGACUACGUGCGAGGCAACUACUUGGACCCCCGCUCCUGCAAAGUUUGCUGGGAUUGGAAGGACCCCUGUGAGGUGGGCCACAGCAUGGCCUUCCGAGUGCAUUUGUUCUACAAGAAUGGCCAGCCUUUCCCUGCUCACCGCCCUGUGGGGUUACGAAUUCAUAUCUGCCAUGUGGAGCUAGCAGUGGAUAUUCCAGUGACCCAGGAAGUACUUCAAGAUCCUAAUUCAAAUGUGGUGAAGGUGGCAUUCACCGUGCGCAAGGCUGGGCGAUAUGAGAUCAGUGUGAAAAUUGGGGGAUUGAAUGUGGCAUAUAGCCCUUACUACAAAGUCUUUCAGCCAGGGAUGGUGGUUCCCUCCAAAACCAAAAUCAUUUGCCAUUUCUCCACUCUGGUGUUGACUUGCGGGCAGCCCCACACUUUACAGAUAGUCCCAAGAGAUGAAUAUGAUAACCCCACCAGUAACUCAAUAUCACUGAUAGAUGAGCACAAUUACAGCCUUUCCAUCCACGAGCUUGGUCCCCAAGAAGAAGAGUCUUCUGAUGUUUUGUUUGAAAGGUCUGUGGUAUCAAAUCAAAAGACUUGUCAGGUUUUCCUGAGACUCACCCUGCUCCGUAGGGGGUGUUUCCGUGCCUGCAUCUCCUACCAAAACCAGCCUAUUAGCAAUGGAGAGUUUGAUAUCAUUGUUUUGAGUGAGAAUGAGAAGAAUAUUGUAGAACGAAAUGUUUCUACCUCAGGGGUCAGUAUCUAUUUUGAGGCCUAUCUUUACAAUGCUAGUAGCUAUGCCAACACACAGUGGCACCUUCCACCCCUUCAUUUGGGUGCCUCUCAGCGCCGCCCUUCCACUGCUACUGAAGAUGAGGAUGAGGACUCUCCGUCUGAUAGCCAGACCCCUGAGAAAGUGAAAAAACCCAAAAAGGUGUAUUGCUAUGUUUCACCCAAGCAAUUCUCCGUAAAGGAAUUCUACUUGAAGAUCAUUCCAUGGCGCCUCUUUACAUUCAGAGUGUGCCCUGGAACCAAGUUUUCUUACCAUGGGCCUGAUCCUGUGCACAAGCUGCUGACACUGGUGGUGGAUGAUGGGAUACAGCCCCCCGUGGAGCUCAGUUGCAAGGAGAGGAACAUCCUGGCAGCUACUUUCAUUCGCUCUCUGCAUAAAAAUAUAGGAGGUUCAGAGACGUUUCAAGACAAAGUAAACUUUUUCCAGAGAGAGUUGCGACAGGUGCACAUGAAGAGACCCCACUCCAAGGUCACUCUUAAAGUCAGCCGUCACAAUCUUCUGGAAUCGUCUCUGAAAGCAACACGAAAUUUUUCUGUUUCGGACUGGAGCAAGAAUUUUGAAGUCAUUUUCCAGGAUGAAGAAGCCUUGGAUUGGGGAGGCCCUCGCAGAGAGUGGUUUGAAUUGAUCUGCAAAGCUUUAUUUGACACCAUCAAUCAACUUUUCACCCGUUUCAGUGACAACAACCAAGCACUGGUGCACCCCAACCCCAAUAGGUCUCCUCAUUUGCGGCUGAAAGUGUACGAAUUUGCAGGGCGCUUGGUUGGAAAAUGUCUCUAUGAGUCAUCUUUGGGCGGGGCUUACAAGCAAUUGGUGAGAGCUCGUUUCACCCGGUCUUUCUUGGCCCAGAUUAUAGGACUGCGGAUGCAUUAUAAGUAUUUUGAGACAGACGACCCAGAGUUUUAUAAAUCGAAAGUUUGCUUUAUCUUGAACAAUGAUGUGAGUGAGAUGGAGCUAGUCUUUGCUGAGGAAAAAUACAGCAAAUUGGGCCAACUUGAGAAGGUGAUUGAGCUGGUAACUGGCGGUGCUCAAGUACCAGUAACCAAUGAUAACAAAAUUCUUUACUUGAAUCUGCUUGCACAGUACAGAUUAGCCAAUCAGGUUAGAGAGGAAGUGGAUCACUUCUUGAAAGGUCUCAAUGAGCUGGUUCCUGAAAAUCUUCUAGCUAUUUUUGAUGAAAAUGAACUUGAGUUGCUGAUGUGUGGUACUGGAGACAUCAGUGUCUGUGAUUUCAAAGCACAUGCUGUGGUGGUGGGUGGUUCCUGGCACUUCCGAGAAAAGGUUAUGCGGUGGUUUUGGACUGUGGUCUCCAGUUUCACACAGGAGGAACUGGCCAGGCUGUUGCAGUUCACUACUGGAUCUUCUCAGCUGCCUCCUGGAGGAUUUGCUGCACUCUGCCCCUCUUUCCAGAUCAUCGCAGCUCCGACGCACAGUACACUGCCAACUGCCCAUACUUGUUUUAACCAGCUGUGCCUCCCCACUUAUGAUUCCUAUGAAGAGGUACACAAGAUGUUGCAGCUGGCCAUCAGCGAGGGCUGUGAAGGCUUUGGCAUGCUAUAAUUCCCCCAGGGAGGAGCCCGUUUAGCUUCCUUUGUUUUUUGGGGAAAAGCCCAGCCCUGCUUCACUACUCAAUCUGAUGCCCUGUCUUUGGGGUAGUGGAGGCAGGGCAGCAGCACCAUGCAAACAGGAAUGUCAGUCUGCAAAUGUCACAUGGAGGCCUUCCCACAUCUGGAGUUUGUUAUGAGGAGCUCAUCUUGCCCCCUUCACUUUCUAUCUCUGUUCAGUUUGGAAUGUGAAAUGACAUGAGGUGCAUCUGUUGGGAUGGCAUGGGAAUUACCUUUGACAAUGUAUGGUAUGUGUGGCCCUCUGAAGGAAGGAAUCCCAUAAGCAGAAGUUGCUGUCUGGUACAGAAGGUACAGAACAAUAUUCUGAUUGUUUUAGAGAUAAAUGGACCAGUAUGAAGCUCUAAAUCCCCAGAUUAUGGGAAGCCUUAAUACCUUUCCACCAUGCCUUGAUUUUCACGUAACUAAUUUCCCUUCAGUUUGGAUUUUGCAGAAGGACAUAAAAUCAUCCCUCCUUCCUUUUUGCUGCCUGAUCCAUUAGGGCUUUAAAUUAUCUUUGCCACCUUGCAGUGCAUGCUGCCAUUGCUUGCUCUUGCUGGAGAGGAAAGAUAGCAUUUCUGUUACUGGAGCCCGAAUGCUCACCCUGGUAGUGACAUUGUACUAUGUCUACCAGGCAUUGGCAACAGGAUGUACUUGUGUAGUGGCAGUGACUUCCACUGGCUGAACUGGAAGAGGAAUUUCUCCUCCCAUCAUUGUUUCAGGCAGUGAUUAUGAACUUUGGCAGAUUUCCCCCCUUCCAUUAUAGAGGAUGAAUAUGUGUGUCUGAGAUCCAAUGCUUAUCCCAGCAUCUGUCUUUCAGGGUACCUUGGAAGAAACAGUGGGAGGUCGAGAGGCAGCUAUUGUGUGCAUCUAAAUUCUGUUUGUAUAGAAAUACAAUUUGGGCUAAUAAAUGUCAGACACAGUUUAG